AUGUCGUCGCCAGAGAUCGUCCUGGGGACAGGACAGAUGAAGGUGAAGGGCUGCUCCUCUUCCUAUAAGGACUGUAAGGUAUGGCCCGGGGAAAGCCGUGCCUGGGACUGGAGUGAGACUGGGACAGACGUAAGUUAUUGAAACGACCCUGGGUUUAUAAACGUGGAUAUCGACUCUGCCACGCGAGCAUGCUUUUGGGGCAUAGUCGAUGGCUUUGGGCUAGAAGGUUGAGGGUUCGAGACCUGCUCCACGCCUGUUUCAUUACGUUGGUGUCAGAAUUGAUCGGACCUUGCAUCCACGAACGUGCGUGUGCUUGCCCGUUGAGCGCGUUCCUGUAAGAUGUUGAGUUGUAAGCUAGCGCGAGGACGGGGGUUGUGUAACGACCCUGGGUUUAUAAGUGCGGAUAUCGACUCUGCCACACGAGCAUGCUUUUGGGGCACAGUCGAUGGCACGCUGGAAUUUGGGCUAGAAGGUUGAUGGUUCGAGACCUGCUCCCUGCCUGUUUCAUUACAUUAUUAUGAUAAUAGGACAUAGAGCCGGACAUGGGCUACGUCUCAAAUGGCACCUUUGUUACGUGAAUUUCUAUCCCAAUGUUUAAAAAAUGAACUUAUUACUCAGUCUGUAUCCCAGAGGUUGUAAAUCUCUAAUAAUCAGACCAAGCAGCCCAGCAUACAAUCAUCAGGCUUUAUUCAUGAAAACGUUCUGCCAUCACAAUUUCAGAGUCCAUCUUUUAUACUCAUACAUCAUACAAACAUCCCUCUUCUCUGUAGGCAGGCUGUAGUUUUCCACUUUAAAACUGCUCUCCUGACCAUCAGUACACACACACACACACAUACAUACAUACAUACAUACAUACACAUGCCUACACACAUACAUACAUACACAUGCAUUCCUUAGUUAUCGCCGUCCUCACAAUAUCCUGCAUACUCCUUAAAAAACCUAACAGUUUCUCUCCUCCCUAAAUUGGGAGGCCCCUUUAUCUUGGUUUAGACAGUUCUCCUUUGUUGUCUGGUCUAACUCUUACUCACAUUGCUAAAUAGUAGCUCAAUGCCAUAGUCUUUACUGGUCCUACACUCACACAUUUCACACAGUUUCAGGGUGUAAUAAUUAGUCAUUAAUAAUUAAUCUAUCAACCUUAUAUGAUGAUAAUGAUGUCACUCACAAUGUGUGUAGCAUCAAUCUGGAGUGCAUCCUGCAGAUCUGGAGGAGGUGCUUCAGAAGGGGGUGGAGACGCUGGUCAUCGGGCGGGGCAUGAGUGAGGCGCUGCAGGUAUGCCCCUAGACCCAUACGCACAGACUUCCCCUACUCCCUACACAUUUACACUACACUUUCCCUAGACCUACACAUUUACCCCAAAUAUUGUUUAUUAUAUUGACAAGAUAUUCGAGUGACCACUCUAACAAUGAAAAUAAAUGUCCUCAAAGAUAGAAGGCAGGCGGGAGGAGGUGAGAUCAGGUGGGACUAUUCUAGCCAGUGAGAGGGCAGAUACGCGUUAACAAUAGGCCAUAGAGAUAUAUAGAGGACUCAUUUUUGUAUCUGUGCCAUUAUAGCGUCUGUGACAGCCUCAAAUGCACUGCCUAUUGCUAUCUCCAUUUUAAAGGAGUACAUUUUAUUUUUCUUAUUUGGCAGAUUUUUUCCAACUCAUAGGAAUCCCCACCCAGUUGACUACUUUAAAAUGUUGUAAGCCUUCAAUGGCAAUGUCCAUGCUAAAAUUGAUUAUAUCCAUGAUGAGUCCUCUAUAUACAGUGGGGAGAACAAGUAUUUGAUACACUGCCGAUUUUGCAGGUUUUCCUACUUACAAAGCAUGUAGAGGUCUGUAAUUUUUAUCAUAGGUACACUUCAACUGUGAGAGACGGAAUCACAUUGUAUGAUUUUUAAGUAAUUAAUUUGCAUUUUAUUGCAUGACAUAAGUAUUUGAUCACCUACCAACCAGUAAGAAUUCCGACUCUCACAGACCUGUUAGUUUUUCUUUAAGAAGCCCUCCUGUUCUCCACUCAUUACCUGUAUUAACUGCACCUGUUUGAACUCGUUACCUGUAUAAAAGACACCUGUCCACACACUCAAUCAAACAGACUCCAACCUCUCCACAAUGGCCAAGACCAGAGAGCUGUGUAAGGACAUCAGGGAUAAAAUUGUAGACCUGCACAAGGGUGGGAUGGGCUACAGGACAAUAGGCAAGCAGCUUGGUGAGAAGGCAACAACUGUUGGCGCAAUUAUUAGAAAAUGGAAGACGUUCAAGAUGACGGUCAAUCACCCUCGGUCUGGGGCUCCAUGCAAGAUCUCACCUCGUGGGGCAUCAAUGAUCAUGAGGAAGAUGAGGGAUCAGCCCAGAACUACACGGCAGGACCUGGUCAAUGACCUGAAGAGAGCUGGGACUAGUCUCAAAGAAAACCAUUAGUAACACACUACGCUGUCAUGGAUUAAAAUCCUGCAGCGCACGCAAGGUCCCCCUGCUCAAGCCAGCGCAUGUCCAGGCCCGUCUGAAGUUUGCCAAUGACCAUCUGGAUGAUCCAGAGGAGGAAUGGGAGAAGGUCAUGUGGUCUGAUGAGACAAAAAUAUAGCUUUUUGGUCUAAACUCCACUCGCCGUGUUUGGAGGAAGAAGAAGGAUGAGUACAACCCCAAGAACACCAUCCCAACCGUGAAGCAUGGAGGUGGAAACAUCAUUCUUUGGGGAUGCUUUUCUGCAAAGGGGACAGGACGACUGCACCGUAUUGAGGGGAGGAUGGAUGGGGCCAUGUAUCGCGAGAUCUUGGCCAACAACCUCCUUCCCUCAGUAAGAGCAUUGAAGAUGGGUCGUGGCUGGGUCUUCCAGCAUGACAGCGACCCGAAACACACAGCCAGGGCAACUAAGGAGUGGCUCCAUAAGAAGCAUCUCAAGGUCCUGGCGUGGCCUAGCCAGUCUCCAGACCUGAACCCAAUAGAAAAUCUUUGGAGGGAACUGAAAGUCUGUAUUGCCCAGCGACAGCCCCGAAACCUGAAGGAUCUGGAGAAGAUCUGUAUGGAGGAGUGGGCCAAAAUCCCUGCUGCAGUGUGUGCAAACCUGGUCAAGACCAACAGGAAACGUAUGAUCUCUGUAAUUGCAAACAAAGGUUUCUGUACCAAAUAUUAAGUUCUGCUUUUCUGAUGUAUCAAAUACUUAUGUCAUGCAAUAAAAUGCAAAUGAAUUACUUAAAAAUCAUACAAUGUGAUUUUCUGGAUUUUUGUUUUAGAUUCCGUCUCUCACAGUUGAAGUGUACCUAUGAUAAAAAUGACAGACCUCUACAUGCUUUGUAAGUAGGAAAACCUGCAAAAUCAGCAGUGUAUUGUUCUCCCCACUGUAUCUCUAUGACAACAGGCACAACUCCAAUGUAAAGUCAUAUUUGGGUAAGUUGCCGAAAUGCCACAGGCGUAAACUUAUAUCACUGCAUUCGUAACAACCUAAACAUUACUAAAUUUCCUUUCAAUCAAAUAAGCCUCACGUAGCAAAUUAGCAAUUACAUUUUUUGUUGACCAAAUUUGACACUCAUUGACCUUCAUACAAAAAAUCCUCACUUCUUGAGCUUAUUUUCAUGGACAGAUUUUGGGCAGAGUAAAACCUCUCGCUUCCCCUCCGUUUCCCCUACCGUUCACUUUCCCUAGCCCCUACAAACAUACUUUCACCAGCUCCUACACAUUUACCCUUCCUCUGCCCUACACUUUCCCUAGCCCCUACACACUUCCCCAGAGUUCUCUCUCUGGCUGUGUUCGAGAGCGUCAAAACUGUGAUGUACCAUGGGUAAAUUGUGAAUGACAGAUCUACAAAUAAUAUUUAGUAGUUAUUUAUGAUGCAAGGUGAUUUGUAGAUCAAUCAGUCUCAACUGCCUUUAAAGGAAAGCUCCACCCAAAAACUAACUUUUGGUAUUUGUUUCAUUAGUCCAUUGGUUGACAUAGUCCCAAAAUGUUUUGCUUGUCAGCAAUCAAGUUUAAGAUAUGUAACUCAAAAUACAGAAAUCAUCCCUGUAUGAUGCAAUUUGCAUCAUAUGAUGCAAAACACAGCAUCAUAUGAUACAAAUUGCAUCAUACGGGGAUGAUUUAUGUAUGUGGAAAGUUACGUAUCUUGAAAACUUGAUUGCUGACAAGCAAAACAUUUUGGAACUGUCAACAAUGGACUAAUGAAACAAAAACAAAAUGAUAGUUUUCAGGUGGAAUUUGUCUUUUAAAGUCAGCUGCAAUGUUGAACACGCUGUCUCUCUAAAGGUCCCGUCCUCAACUGUGGAUUUUGUGAGACAGAGAGGAGUGGAACUGAGGGUGCUGCAGACAGAGAAGGCAGUCACAGAAUACAACAACCUGGUUGGCCAGGGAGCCAAGGUGGGCGGCGUCUUCCACUCUACCUGCUGA